GGUUGGCUCACUUUGGCCCUGCUGGUCCGCCUUCAGCUACUGCGUUCUUCUGAGAGGCAAUGAAAGCUUAGAAGACAUAGACCUUUUUAACAAAGUUCGAAAGGAGAGAAAUGAGAUGAUAGUAGGAUGGCGUCUGCAGACGUCAUCCGUGAAGCUGCUCUUUACUUAGAGUAUUUUCUGCAAGGGAUGUCAGAAUGCAAUGUAAUUGGGAGUUACACUGUGCAGUUCUUGGAAAUGAAAGGGUUCACUGAACGAAUCCAAACAUCCUUAGCUACUAAUUUAGUUCAGCUUAUAACAAACAUGAGGAAUCUGGUACUGAAACUAGAUGAAUCACUUCUACCAAUCUGUGAUGCAGAGGUCCAAACAGAAAUUGUUUCUCAGUGUUCAAUUUGCAAUUGUCCUGGGCUGUUGUCUGACCACCUUAAAACAGUUCCUUUACUAGUGAAAGAUAAACAUGUUGAUUCUCAAGAGAAGUCAUGUGAGGCAGCAGAACUUUCACAUUUUCUUAGUCCAACACCUCUGCUUCAUUUAAAGCAAGAAAUUCCAUGUGUCUCAGAUUCUGUAAGUGCAGGAUCAUCACAGUGUGAUCAGGUUGAUAUGGAUGUGAAUAAUGUUUCUCUCAAAGAUAUAGAUUCUAAAGAUAUUGUAAAGAUGCAAGAUCCAAGAAUAGGGACUGAUUCUCAAUUAGACAAAUGUGUCCUGGCAACUCCACUGCAGACAGCAUUAGAUGAAAAUAUGGACCUUGACUAUGCACAUUCUACGCAGCUUGAAGAAGGCCAAGGCGAGAUUCUCUUGGAUCAUUUGGAAGGUUCAGAUGCGACACAUUCAGAUGGUCUGAUGUACUCUGUGUAUACCAUGAAUUCCUGUGGAGCACUCCAGUUAGUCAGUCGAGUUCUAAGCAAAAAUGCAUCUUCAAAAGAUUCUGUUGAAGAACCUGUAGAACGAGCUAUGAUUGAGAUCAACAACACAAAAGAGGAAGACCUUAGAACCCCUGACCACUUAGAGACCCUCACACUCCAAGAGCAGGAGCAGGACAGCCAGGUCGGCAUUGCAAAUGCCAGUCAAGAGGAAAUGGUGGUGGCUCCAGACAUUCCCAGUUUUGAAGGGAGGUCCUCACUGAAAGCUUCAGUGAAGUGUUUGAAUACUCCAAAACUUCUUCAGGCAAAAACUCCGGCACAUAGCAGUGCUGGAGGUACAAUCCUCACAGAUAUUGUAAAGCUUGGACCAGAGGAUCUCAGUACCAGCACAUGGUGUGGGAUUUGUGAGAAGGAAUUCCCAUCUGCAGGAAGCCUAAAGGUUCACCUCUCACGUAUACACAGCCAGGUCAAGUGGUGUCACACUUGCACAAAGACAAUCAGUUCUGAAGAGGAGAUGUGUGAUCAUGUCCGUGAAUGCCAUGCAGAUUUACAGUUUAUUUGUGGUAUCUGUGGCCAAAGUUUAAGAACAAAUGCAGCAUUUCAGAGACAUAUGGACAUUCACAAAGGCUUACGUGGAAGUGCUUGUGAGAUUUGUGGUCAAACAUUUUCAAGAACAGAAUAUUGUAGAGAACACAAAAGAAUUCAUACAGGAGAAAAACCUUACAAAUGUGAAACUUGCAAGAAAAGUUUUAGUAGAUCCAGCAACUUGUAUACUCAUAUGAGAACACACAACACUGAAGCCCAGCGUCAUAUAUGUAAUGUUUGCUUUAAGUCAUUUGCUCGUGCAGAUAAACUAAAAGAUCACAUGAUCAGGCACUUACAGAUCAAGAGAUAUGCCUGUCGUUUAUGUCCCAAAGCUUAUAAUGAAAAACGGGAUCUUACAAAACACUUGGAAAAAGUACAUUCAAGUAAUGACAAUAUAGAUACAUGAUAGAGAAAGUAUUAGGUUUGAUAUGAUGAAUUAUUACCUUUGUAAUAGAUUUCCCAUUAUGGAAAGUUCCUUACUCUACCAGGAUAUUUCUGGUAUGAUUUUGGUAUAGAUAAUAUAUAAAUCUCAGGUAAAUUUAUUAAUUCAAAUGGUAUUGCUGGGUAGUGAUCGUGGAAGAAAUGGUUUUGUAAAAUAAAGAGAAGUGUCAGGGAAGAAAAGAAAAGAGAAGGAACAAAAUAGGGGGAAAAGAAAAUGGAAACAGACAGACAGACACACACACAGAUAGACAGACAAACAAAUUGAGUGACCCCACUGUGUACACAUACAUAUACAAACUAGAUAUCUAGUUAUUGAAAGUGAGAGAUUUUGACUGAAUUGAAAUUAACAAGGAAAGUGAUGAGUCCGUAUAAGAAUAAGUUUCCUUGCAUGAAAAUGCUUUAAUAAUAAGUUGGAAUGAAAUGAAAGUUAAUUUCCAAAAGAUGCCAAAGAUGAUUUCAGAAUGUUGAUUACCUGAAAUUUAAACAGCUAUCAGAGGAUUGGAUAUAUUUCACAGUUAGGUUUAGUUAGCUAUUUUUUAACAGCAAGUCAAGUUAACUUAUAUUGGUUCCUUCUAUAUAUAAUAAGGUAUUUUUCAUGAUGCAGACUGAAUAUUAUUUUGCGACAGCUGUUUUUUGCCAAAAUGUAUUAGUACAAACAUUGUAAGAAUGUGUAAGCAAUGAAAGUGAGCUAUUUUCCAGAUAUUUGUGCAAUAAAUAAAAAUAAUUGUCAUCCAAAAUUAAGGUAUCUACAGUAAUUCAGUCUUUGUCACUUUAUUAGUCAUCUUUAUGUACAAAAAAAAAAAAAGGAAUGUUGUAUUAGCAAAGAGAGUUCACUCUGUACAAAUUGAAUGAUAUUCAAUUCAGAAUAUAGGUAUGAUGUGGGGAAUAUUAAUUAUACAAAUGCAGUGUCCUAGAUAUGGAAAGGCA